ACCAAACACAAUGAUUACGACCAUUUAUUUAUGCAUAUUUAAUAGUGAACUCAAAGCGUUGAUUUGAUAUCUUUCAUUUGUUGCAGUGCUGCUCUGCAUGCGUGAAGCACGACCUUUGCUUUUUGAGGUGCAGCCAGAAGAAUUGCGUAUCGACUCGUUUUUGCGUCUCGUUUUAAACUGAAACACUCGUUUGCAUCCUAGAUAUCCGAUAGUUAAUCGGUUUUCCAUUCGUCUUGGAUUUUUUUUUUAUUGCCGUGCAGAACCUACAGGGAGGUAAUUUACCGCCGGAUACCUUUCCAUAUUCAACAUGAAUUACCUGCGACGUCGACUCUCGGACAGUAAUUUCAUGUCAAACUUGCCUAAUGGCUACAUGGGCGAUCUACAGCGGCCAGAUCCGCCGCAGCAGAGCCCAGCCCCGGAGGUCUCGCCAGUCUCUCAAGAGAGGCGUCAAUCCACCAGCCAGUCUACGGGCGCCGGCUUCUUUUCCUCCAUUUCCAACGCCGUCAAACAGACCACCGCAGCCGCGGCCGCCACCUUUAACGAGGCCACCGAGAGAGGAAUCGGCUCGAGCAACGCCAAGAUCCUCCUGGUCAUUGAUGACCAGCAGACAGACUGGGCAAAGGUGUUCAGAGGGAAGAAGGUUCAUGGAGAAUUUGACAUUAAAGUAGAACAGGCUGAAUUCUCAGAGGUCAAUCUGGUGGCUCACGCAACGGGAAGCUAUAGUGUGGACAUUGAGGCCAUUCGCAAUGGCAACAAAAUCACAAAGUGUUUCAAGCCAGAUUUUGUGAUGGUGCGACAGCAUGCUUUCAGCAUGGCCAAGAAUGGCGACCACAGGAAUAUUGUGAUUGGACUUCAGUAUGCUGGUCUGCCCAGUGUCAAUUCCCUUCACUCUGUCUACAACUUCUGUGACAAACCAUGGGUGUUCGCUCAGUUGUCCAGAUUGUACAAGCAGUUGGGUCCAGAGGAGUUCCCACUGAUUGACCAGGUUUAUUACCCCAACCACAAGGAGAUGAUCACUACACCUGGCUUUCCUGUGGUAGUGAAGAUGGGUCAUGCUCACUCUGGUAUGGGAAAGGUCAAAGUGGACAAUCAAUAUGAUUUUCAAGACAUUGCUAGUGUUGUGGCUUUGACAAAGACAUAUGCCACUUCUGAACCUUUUAUCGACGCCAAGUAUGACAUCCGAAUCCAGAAAAUCGGUGACAAUUACAAGGCAUACAUGAGGACAUCUAUAUCUGGCAAUUGGAAGACCAACACAGGAUCAGCCAUGUUAGAGCAGGUGGCCAUGUCUGACAGAUUCACUGUCCAUGGUACUGAAAUCAGAUACAGGAAGGAGGAUUUCCUCAAGAACUGUCCAGAGUACUGA